AUGCUGUGUGUCAUGGAAGAAUCCUUGAUGAAAGAGUCUUCCAUUUCUUUGCUCCGGGCAGAGCUGGGCCAGCAUCACCUGACUCCCCCGAGGAGCCCCGAGCUGGCCGGCGUCUGUCGGCGGGAGUGUAAGGAAAACAAAGAGCCGUCGCCCAAGGUGAAGCGCAAGCGCAGCCUGAAGAUCAGCAGCGUCACCAUGGAACCGGCGCACUGGCAGAACGACGCGCGCCAGAUCAUCACCAGCGCCAGCGACUUGGAAAACAUGAAUGAGUUUCUCUUGAAAAAGAUGAAUGACCUGGAUACCGAGGACUGCAAGAAAGACACUCUGGUGGACGUUGUGUUCAAAAAGGCCUUGAAAGAGUUCCGGCAAAAUAUCUUCAGCUUCUACUCUUCAGCUUUGGCUAUGGGCGACGGAAAGAGCAUCCGCUACAAAGACCUCCAUGCCUUGUUUGAGCAGAUCUUGGAGAAAACGAUGAGGCUCGAGCAAAGGGACUGGAGCGAGUCCCCUGUCCGGGUCUGGGUCAACACCUUCAAGGUGUUUUUGGAUGAAUACAUGACGGAAUACAUGCCUCUGGAUUACACGGCCUCCAAGAUGACCAAGACGGAAAGGAAGAAGAGACGGAAGAAGGAAGCGGAUGUCGUGGAAGAACACAACGGCCACAUUUUUAAGGCGACUCAGUACAGCAUCCCCACCUACUGCGAGUUCUGCUCCUCCCUGAUAUGGAUAAUGGACAGGGCUUCUGUUUGCAAAUUGUGCAAGUAUGCAUGCCACCGAAAGUGCUGCCUGAAAACAACAGCCAAGUGCCCCAAAAAGUAUGAUCCGGAGCUUUCUUCGCGGCAGUUUGGGGUGGAGCUCUCUUGCCUGACGAGCGAAGAGCAGACAGUGCCUUUGGUGUUCGAGAAGCUCACCAGCUACAUAGAGAUGCACGCGCUCUACACAGAGGGCAUUUACGGGACAUCCGGAUCGACCAAUAAGAUCAAAGAACUGCGGCAGGGGCUCGACACAGAUCUGGAGAGCGUGAACCUGGACGACUACAACAUUCACGUCAUCGCCAGCGUGUUCAAACAGUGGCUCCGAGAUCUGCCUAACCCGCUCAUGACCUUUGAACUCUACGAAGAGUUUCUGCGGGCAAUGGGCUUGCAGGAGAGGAAAGAGGCCAUCCACGGGGUGUACUCGGUCAUCGAUCAGCUCUCUCGCACCCAUCUCCAUACUUUGGAACGCCUGGUCUUCCACCUUGUCAGGAUCGCUCUGCAGGAGGAGACUAACCGCAUGUCAGCGAACGCCCUGGCCAUUGUCUUUGCUCCCUGCAUACUCCGUUGUCCCGACACCACGGACCCUCUCCAGAGUGCUCAAGAUGUCAGUAAAACAAUCAGCUGCGUAGAGUUGGUUGUUGUCGAGCAGAUGAACAAGUACCGCGCUCGCCUCAAGGACAUCAGCAGCCUGGAGUUUGCGGAGAACAAAGCCAAGAGCCGGCUGUCGUUGAUCCGCAGGUCUAUGAAACCCGUACUAAUUGCCGUUAGGUUUAUGAGCAUAUUAACCCAUGAAGUUCGAUCCGGGCAAAGGCGGCUACGGCGAGAACCCCACUUAGAGCUCAAAGUCGCCCGGAUGCCCCGAAGAGGCCCUAUGGUAACUGGCGAGGAGGAGGCCUUGGAGGUGGAUGUCACGGAACAGCAGCAGGUGGCCAUGCAGCAGGAGGAGAGGGUGCUGACCGAGCAGAUCGAGAGCCUGCAGAAAGAAAAGGAGGAACUGACGUUCGAGAUGUUGGCUCUGGAGCCACGUGCUUCCGACGAUGAAACUCUGGAGUCCGAGGCUUCCAUUGGCACAGCGGACAGCUCUGAGAACUUGAACUUUGAAUCUGAGGGCACCGUCUCCGACAGAUCAG